UAUUGGCUGACAUGGACAUUGAAAUGGACGUGAAUAGGAUAAAAUACUAGGUCGACAGAGCUAGUGAAAAAUUCGCUCACAAUCCAAGUGUGUUUCAAUUGAAGGAGAAAAUGCUGAUGGCUCACAGACCAAAUUCGACUGAUGGAGAUCUGGAAGCUCUUAUUACUUCAUCAUCAUGUCUGACUGGGGAUUGUGAAUAAAUUCCACUCACUUCAUACUGAGACUGUACCUUAUCAUCAUCAGUAUAUAAUCUUGAUGAUUGGAUUGCCAAGCGCCAGUAUUUCCAGAUGACAAUCGAGGCAACAUAUAUUACUUGUUUGGAUUUGCGUGGACUGACUAUCGUUUGUUUAUCUGUCAUACAAUCGUUAAAACUGUCAGAGAGAGACGUCUCGGUUUUAUUUGAAAUAUUCAAAAAGUACUAAACCGACAUGGCUACGCCCUCGGCCACUUUCCAAUUAAAUAAUAAAACGAUGGUGAGCUUUCAAACGAAGAGUGAGACUGAUCGCAAAAAAAUUAGUGACGACGAUGAAAUGAUAAAAUACAUAUUGAAAGCUGCCAUAGAAGGUCGAUUUGAGACAUCAUUGGGAACUAAUCAAAUUUUUUCCAUUAAAAGAAUCACUGACAAGGAAAAGAAGCUCAUCUGCAUCCUGGAUAAUGAAACAUCACCAAAAGCAAUGGACAUGGAAAUAAUCACCAAACAUGACAAAGUUUUGAAGACUUCGGGUAACUCGACGAGUGCUAAGAGAAAGCUCAAUGGAACUGAUUCGAGUUCAGAUGACGACGACUCGGAUGAUGAGGAUAACUCUAAGCAGCUGGAGGAUUCAAAACAUGUGGGCAAAUGAAUUCAAUGGACAAAUGAGCAGAAGGAAUAUUUACUCGAGCAAGUAGUGGAUAUGGAGAAUGAUGUUGGCCCGCGCAAACGUUUCAAGAACGAAGCAGAAAUGUGGGGGGCAAUCGCAGAAGACUUCAAUGCGGAAUUUGAGACAAAGAGGACCUCCAUUCAAAUGAGGAGCAAAAGGGGCUCUUUGAUGAGAGAACAGAAGAAAAAAGGACAAAACAAGAAGCCCCCAAAACCACGUGCCACAAAACAGACUUCAUUGGACAAGGCCUUGGAAACAAUUCAAAAAAUGAAUCAGGAGAGAGAUGCUAAAUGGGAGAAACGAGAGGAAACUCGUUCGAAGCUCUCGAACGUGAGAAGAGGAUCCUGGCAACUUUGACUGAACUCAUGGCGAAAAAUGAGAAAUAAUGAUGGAAUGAAUCAUUAUUUCAAGGAUAGAAGAGUUCAUACAGCUGAUCCAAUUUAUUUAA